AUGCUCCUGCUAUACUCUCCCUGGUCGCUUAGGUUCCCCCAUUCGCCCUCGCUUGCCCGCGACGCUUUCAGUUCUUUGGCUCCCGUUACUCGUUUCCUCGCGUCGUCCACGAUCGCGCUCCCUUCUGUUCGUCGCCCACGCUUCCAACCGUCGCUCCCUUCCAUUCGCCUCCCUCCCUUCCGUUCGUCGCCCUCCCUUCCGCGCGUCGCCCUGCUCGUCGCUCUACCUUUCGCCCGUCGCCCUCCCAUCCGCUCGUCGCUCUACCUUUCGCCUGUCGCCCUCCCAUCCGCUCGUCGCUCUACCUUUCGCCCGUCGCCCUCCCAUCCGCUCGUCGCUCUACCUUCCACGCGUCGCCCUCCCAUCCGAUCGUCGCUCCCGUCGCCCUCCCUUCCGCCCGUCACCCUCCCUUCCGCCCGUCGCCCACCCUUCCGGCCGUCGCUCUCCCUUCCGCCGCCGCUCUCCCUUCCGCCCGUAGCCUUCCCUUUGUCUCGUCGCCCUUCCUCCCGCUCGUCCCCUCGCAAUCCGCGUCUUCCUCUCUCCCCGUCGCCCUCGCCAUCCCUCCCGUCUCCCUUCCCAUCGCGCUCCCUCUGUUCUCUUCCCUGCUUCCCCCCAUCCCCUUCCCUGCUUCCCACCAUCCCCUUCUCUGCUUCCCUCCAUCCCCUUCUCUGCUUCCCACCAUCCCCUUCCCUGAUUUCCCCCAUCCCCUUCUCUUCUUCCCCCCAACCCCUUCCCUGCUUCCCCCCAUCCCCUUCCCUCCAUCCCUUUCCCUGUUUCCUCCCAUCCCCUUCCCUGCUUCCCCAUGUCCCCUUCCCUGCUUCCCCCCCAUCCCCUUCUCUGCUUCCCCCCAUCCCCUUCCCUGAUUUCCCCCAUCCCCUUCUCUGCUUCCCCCCAUCCCCUUCCCUGCUUCCUCCUAUCCCCUUCCCUGCUUCCCCCCCUCCCUUUCCCUGCUUCCUCCCAUCCCCUUCCCUGCUUCCCCAUAUCCCCUUCCCUGCUUCCCCAUAUCCCCUUCCCUGCUUUCCCCCCAUCCCCUUCCCUGCUUCCCCCCAUCCCCUUCUCUGCUUCCCCCCAACCCCUUCCCUGCUUCCCCCCAUCCCCUUCCCUCCAUCCCUUUCCCUGUUUCCUCCCAUCCCCUUCCCUGCUUCCCCAUGUCCCCUUCCCUGCUUCCCCCCAUCCCCUUCUCUGCUUCCCCCCAUCCCCUUCCCUGCUUCCUCUCAUCCCCUUCCCUGCUUCCCCCCAUCCCAUCCCCUUCCCUGCUUCCCCCCAUCCCCUUCUUUGCUUCCCCCCAUCCCCUUCUUUGCUUCCCCACAUCCCCUUCCACGCUUCUCCCCUACCCCUGCCCUGCUUCCCCUCAUUCUCUGCCCUCCCUUCCCUUCUCUCCCCAUUCCCUCCCCCAUUGCUCCCCCUCUUCCGCGCAGCGAGCCAUCGAAGCACCGCAUCCAGCAGAUCUUCGACUGGAUCUGCCCCGAGGCGAACCCCUUCACACACACCGCCACCUCGCUCAUGGAGCGCCUCCUGUCGAGACUGCUUUCAGCCUCGCCUGCUGCCCCAUACUUGGAAGCUGCUCUGCCUGACAGCCAACACUGUGCAGGCAAGGAUUUGAAGGUGGAUCAGGGGGCAGGGGUAAGGGAGUUUGCUGUGCGGCAUGGUCACUGCGGCGUGGCGUGGGAGGAACGGGGAAAGGCAAGCACAGGGUGA